UAAAAAAAAAAGAAGGGGGUGAAAAUCGCUUUCUCAGGAAAAUCAAAACUUACUAGUAGACGAGAAGACAACCAUCUUCCUUCUCCUUCCUUCUUAAGAGAUUAUAUAUUAUCCCAGCUUUUGAUCCAAGUCAAACACUCCGAAGCCUUCUUUUUUUAUAAUCGGUAGAGAUAGAGAGAGAGGGAGAGAUCCAUCUGAUUUUUUAUAAUCGGAUGUUAUAUCUAUUCGUCGGUGGUUAUCGGAGGACAUGUUCCGUGGUUGAUUUUCUCGUCUUGGUUUCCGGUGGCGGUUGAUGAUGAUCGAGAUACAUAGCGAUUAGCGAGCCAUGUUCGGUUUUUUUUCCUUUCUUUUUUUUUUUCCUUUGGUUGGUUGUGAGUUUGUUGCUCGUCGUCUCUUAGUAGGUGUGUAGUAGAAGAAGAAAUAUGAUGAAGAAGGGGAAAGGGAAGAACAGUGGUUUGUUACCCAAUUCCUUUAAAAUUAUCUCUUCUUGCCUCAAAACUGUAUCCGCCAACGCCUCCAACGUUGCUUCUUCUGUUCGUUCCGCCGGUGCCUCCGUCGCUGCUUCUAUUUCCUCUUCUGAAGACGAUAAAGAUCAGGUGACUUGGGCUGGCUUUGGCAUUCUUGAACUGGGUCAACAUGUCAUCAGACAUGUUCUCUUACUCGGUUAUCAGAAUGGCUUUCAAGUCUUUGAUGUUGAGGAUGCCUCUAAUUUUAAUGAACUCGUCUCUCGACGAGGUGGUCCUGUUUCGUUCUUACAGAUGCAGCCCUUACCUGCAAGGUCUGGUGAUCAUGAGGGUUUUGGGAACUCACAUCCACUUUUACUUGUUGUUGCUGGAGAUGACACAAAUGGUAUUGGUUUGGGUCAGAAUGGUUCAUCAGCAAGAGAUGGUAAAUCAGACUCUAAAGCCGGGGAUGCCAUCAAUUAUCCAACCACUGUUCGCUUUUACUCCCUUAGGUCCCACAGUUAUGUGUAUGUCCUGAGAUUUCGCUCAUCUGUUUGCAUGAUUAGGUGCAGCUCCCGAGUAGUCGCUGUUGGCCUUGCCAAUCAAAUAUAUUGCUUUGACGCACUUACUCUGGAAAAUAAGUUCAGUGUUCUCACCUAUCCUGUUCCUCAGCCAGUGAGACAAGGGACAACCAGGGUGAAUGUUGGCUAUGGUCCGAUGGCUGUAGGUCCAAGGUGGCUUGCAUAUGCUUCCAAAAGUUCCAUGUCCAUGAAAACAGGGCGCCUAAGCCCACAGAAUUUUACUUCUUCACCUAGUCUCAGCCCAAGUUCAUCAUCAGGUGGAAGUAGUUUCAUGGCCCGUUAUGCCAUGGAGUCUAGCAAGCAGUUAGCCAAUGGAUUAAUCAACCUGGGCGACAUGGGAUACAAAACAGUGUCAAAAUACUGCCAAGAUAUGCUCCCUGAUGGAUCUACUUCUCCAGCAUCACCAAAUUCAAUCUGGAAAGUUGGUGGAGUCUCUGGAUCAGAUGCAGAAAAUGCUGGCAUGGUUGCUGUUAAAGAUCUUGUUUCCGGAGCUGUACUAUCACAGUUCAAGGCUCAUACGAGUCCUAUCUCAGCACUUUGUUUUGAUCCUAGUGGAACUUUAUUGGUUACUGCAUCAGUGUGUGGGAACAAUAUCAAUGUCUUUCAGAUCAUGCCAUCUCGUUCACAUAGUGCACUUGGUGACCUAAGUUAUGAGUGGGAAUCUUCUCAUGUGCAUCUCUACAAGCUGCAUAGAGGGAUCACUUCUGCUAUCGUCCAGGACAUUUGCUUUAGUCAGCACAGUCAAUGGGUGGCUAUUAUUUCAUCCAAGGGUACUUGCCAUAUUUUUGUUUUAAACCCGUCUGGCAGCGACGCAAUGUUUCAACCUUGCGAGGGUGAGGAGCCUGCCCGACUUCCAGCUUCAUCCUUGCCAUGGUGGUUCACUCAAUCGUUGUCAAAUAAUCAGCAGUCUUUACCGCCACCACCGGCUGUUACCCUUUCUGUUGUAAGCAGAAUCAAGUAUAGCAGUUUUGGGUGGCUUAACACAGUAAGCAAUGCUGCUACCACUGCAGGUGGAAAAGUUUUUGUACCGUCGGGUGCUGUGGCUGCUGUUUUUCAUAAAUCCAUCAAUCAUGACCUUCAACAGAACUCCCGGGCUAACUCAUUGGAGCAUAUCUUAGUCUAUACUCCAUCAGGCCAUGUGGUGCAGCAUGAACUUCUACCAUCUGUUUACACAGAAUCGCCUGAAAAUGGUUCGAGAGUGCAAAGAACAUCACAUGUUCAAGUUCAGGAGGAUGACUUGAGGGUCAAAGUUGAACCUAUUCAGUGGUGGGAUGUAUGUAGAAGGUCUGACUGGCUGGAGACAGAGGAACGACUUCCCAAAAAUAUUGCUGAAAACCAAUAUAAUUUGGAGACAAUGUCAAAUAACCUGACAAACCAUGAGGAUGCAUGUCUUUCCGUCAACAUCAACAGCCAUUGUGGUGAAGAUAACUAUUUGAAAAGUUGUUCUGAGAAUCCCCCUGAAAGAUCACAUUGCUAUCUUUCUAACUUUGAGGUAAAGGUUACCUCAGGGAUGCUACCAGUGUGGCAAAAUUCAAAGAUUUCUUUUCAUGUUAUGGAUUCUCCAAGAGAUAGUAGUCCCACUGGUGGAGAGUUUGAGAUAGAAAAGGUUCCAGCCCAUGAACUUGAAAUAAAACAGAAAAAGCUGCUGCCAGUUUUUGACCAUUUCCACAGCACCAAAGCAUCAUUGGAAGACAGGUUUUCUAUGAAAUGUUAUCACAUCUCCGCAUCGGGAUCUCAUCAAGUUAACGGAAAAAUAUGUCAAGAUAUUAUCAACUGUCACUCUAAGCCUGGAUCAGUUGAGUCCGCCGGAAGCUCUGAAGAGGGUUCAUCAAAACAGUCGGGGAAUCUCCAUGAUUCGGAUCACAUGACCACCUCAUUCAAGUCUUCUUUACCAACAGUAAAUGGGAUCUACAAUGAAAUAGAGAAGAACAGCACAAAUGGGUGGAUUGAGAAAUCUGUAACAACCAAACACCGUACACUCGGCGAAACCCGGAUCACAAAUGGUUUUACCACACCACCUAUUCGCACCGAUAUUACUGUCAAUGAAGAGAUGCUUGCUACAGGACAACCUCCUAUGGGCUUUGGUUUUUCUUUGCGUGAGGAGCACUGUAAAGCAAUAGCAGAUCCUGAAGAAGAACACCUGAAAAAGAAAACACCUGAAAAAGAAGUUACUAAUGGUCAUCAUCUAAUUGUCAACAACAACACAGAUAAACUACAAGAAGAUGAAGUGGUAUAUGGUAUGAAUUCCUUGUGUAGGUGAUUAAAUCUCUCUCGGAACCACAAUCACGGCCUCGAGUCUCAAGUCUUUCUACGGUGAAUCCUCCAGACACUGUUAUGAUGAAUUACUGUCUAAGUGAGAGUAAUCAGAACCUGACCUCUUUGCUGUCUUCGUAAUCUUUGUGUUUGAACAGGUAAAUAGUUGUCAAAAGUCUUCUGGAGUUUGUUUGUAUAUAUAGAUUCCUCCGAUUUGGUGGUAAUUUCUCUGUCCCUUUUCUUCUUUUAUGUACAUUGUUAUAGAUGGGAGUUGGUAAAUAUGGGUGUCGAUGGGGCGUGGUUGAAACCUUGAACGGAAAAGAAAAAAUUUCGAUUCUGGGGUUUCCAUGUUGUUUUAAACCCUACUAGUGAAUUUCGAUUCUGGGGUUUCCAUGUUGUUUUAAACCCUACUAGUGAGCCCUAAUCUAUGUACAGUUUGAUCCAUGUGGUCUGUGGAGAUCAACACAUCACCAAUGUUUUUUCUUUUCUUUUUGGCAUCUCCUGCUGUUUUUAGUGAUUAAGAUGAAUUCAAAUUCGUUCUCUGGUCACUAGUUCUGGGAGUUAUUUUG